AUGCUCGGAGCCUCCUUGUCCGAUGCUCAUCCCCGUCUUCGAAAAUUUCAAUCUUCCGAGGACCAACGCAUGCAAUUUUGCCGAGAUAAAAUUCCCUUGGAAUUAUUUAAAUCUCUUGGCGCCAUGAUUGCCCACGCCUCAGAACACGAACGACAAAUGAAGGGGACAAAGACUGAGAAGAACGAAAAAGCCUCAGGAAGGGUCGUAAAUCUGUCAUCGAGGGCAUUUACAACAGCAGAGGAGAAUGUGCUUUCAAGAGGAAUGAAGUACAAUUUCUCUGAUUCCAACCAUCUGGAAAUUCUUGCAAAGUUAGAGACCAUCGUAUCGACAACAAACCUUAUCGAGAACGAACAGUUUACAAUUCGAGACAAGUUCACGCAAGCCCUGAAUAAUCGAAACCAGUUUUCGCCCUUAUUUCACGAAGAAAAAAAGACUUUAAAGACCCUCAGAUCCAACAAGACCAUCGUUGUUGUCCCCGCAGACAAAUAA